CUGCAGCCACUGGGGACUGCCCGAAUCAUCAAAGCUCUCUGAAUCUUUUCCGAAGAUUCGGAGAUCUUUGAAUAGAUUCAGACCUUUAAAAUGGUCCCCUGAUUUGGUUUGAAUUCAGAGAUCUGGCCACUGAAUUGGGCCAAAUCAAAUCACCACCUGAAGCUUCACACAGCCCUACUAAUUACCCAAACCUAAAAACCGUUAUGUUAUCUUAGUGAUUAAGUUUCCUGUGUCAUAAUAUUCUACGCUCCAUAUAUUGUGGAAAUAGUAGGGAAAACUGAAAUCUCUGACCUGUCAUUGCCCCAACUACAGUAAAAUGCAGCAUGUAGCACAGAAGCAUUUUUCUUCUUGGACUCCUCUCUACAACAUGUCUAUCAGUGUCAGAAUUGGAAGAUGUUAUUGGGGAUUUUAAGUGUCUCUUACUAGAUGUGAAUAUUAAAAAUGGUAUAAAGAUAGGUUGACUUGUGCUGCCUGUGAAUCUGACUGGCUUAAAGGAUAAAUGCCAUUCUUUUUCCCUGCUGCUCUUUUUUCCUGAUAGCUGAAAGCAGACUAUAAUCUGCUAGAACUAGUAAUUGUGUGCUCUUGCUUCAUUGUCAUUGGCUUCCAUCUCUUCUGAACUAGAAAAAGAUUGCAUUGGGCAACAACUAAUUAGAUUCCAUUGUAAAUUAUCACCUGUGGCCAUGGAAUAAAAUAGAUGUAGGUGAGUCAUGCAGAACAGACUUUUUAUUUAAAUAUUGAAGGUUUUGGGGGGGGAAGGGUGUUUUAAGUAAUUUCCUGUCUUGCCCUGAUAAGAGUGAGUGGAAAUGGUUUGCUGUAAGUGGAGAGGUGAUGUUAACAUUCACAACCUCUGGUGAGGCAGUUUCUCAGGAUUUAAGGUGCUAGCAUUGGGUUAUACUUAUCUUCUGAAAUGAAUCAUGGGUGAAAUUCCCACAAAGCAAGGGAAUUACAGAAGGACAAUAUAAUUGUGCUGGCUAGUGUGCUUGGGAUAUAAUAAUUUUGAAACUUUUCCUCAAGCCAUUCUGGAGACCUUGAGCUUGACUGUUCUGUCUUAAAGUAGUAUAUAAAUCAUAAGGAACUGUACUGAAAUCAAUGGUGUAUUGGUUUUAUACCAGCAUAAAAGAGGUCAGAAUCAGUCAUUUGGUCUUUAGCCACACUCAAAGUCUUGUUAAGAUAAUUAUAAAAUGUCCAGAGUCCACUCUGCCACAAGAGCAGUUUUAAUUUCAUUUCUGUUGAACUGCUGGUUCUAAAGAUAACCUUCAAAUGUUAAGUAAGCCUAUCUCAAUGCAGAGCUAUGUUUCCUAUUAUUCAAGCAGGUUGGAAUAGAAGCUGUAAGAAAGGGUGACUGACCUGUUUCAUUUCAGUAGCAUGUGUGCUCUGAAGCCUAAUGAUGACAACUGAAGUACUUGUUAAUUCUCUUCUUUUAAUGGCAUAGUCCAACUAAUAUUUAUCCUAUCUCUGCCUAGCUGAUAAAGCCUCCAGCUUCUUUCUGACAUCUUCUACAAGGCAGUUUUGUAGCUAAUAGAACUGGCAGUACUAAAUAGGGAAAUGUAAAACAAAUUAAUUUAAAUGUAAAUAACAUAGGAGAUACUAUUGUAACAACAGUUAUUUGAAGUGACUGUAGAGGCAUUUUCAUAUCUAACGGAAAUAAAAAUCAUCCCUUUCUUAAAAUCACUUCCCACAAGCUACUGCCAAUUUCUAGUCAUCUGUGCUAGCAUUUCAAAGAACUCAGGGUGCCUUGCUAUAGGAUUUGGAGGAGUACAGCAUGGCUUUAUUAUGCCCCUUCCACAACAGUUGCUGUAACUGAGCUUGGAUAAACUGUUUUUAAUUAUUGUGCAGUGAUUCUGAUUGCACUUACUAUGAUGGAAAACCAGCCUAACUCCAUUAACUUACUUCAUAUUCCCACUUAAGUAAGUGGGAAAGUUAAAUGUGCUACACCCACUAUACCCAGUCCUUGAGACCAAUGUAGAGGACUGCACAAGGUGUCAGGCUCAUAGAUGUUAGGGGGUUGGAAGGGACCUUGCAAGAUCAUCAGGUCCACCCCCUGCACUAGGCAGGAAAGAGCUGGGGUCAGGUGACCUCGGCAGGUUAACGCAGGUGAGCAGUGAAGGUCAGGCUGUUGUCUCUUUGCAGCUCAGCUCGCUGUAUUAGAGAACUGAGGUGUGACUUGCCUUGCUUAAUUGUGGCUGGAAAUUGAUAACUCACAUUGUAAGCAGCACCUUUCAUGCUUUCCUGAGCAGGUUAGAUAGGAAGAAGCACGUACAUAUUUUUAAGGCAGUUUUGCUGAAAGGGUUUUGUCGGUAGACUGAGCUAAUUGAAGGCAUACAAAACCAGUUAUACUGAGGCUGAGGGGAGUUUUACUACAAAUCUGUCCUUUAAAAGGACACGGGCUUUGUUAGAGAUCUUUUGUCCUUAUUGUUUAACACCCGUUUUAAGAACAUGAUAGUGAAACUUCCCUCUCAGAAUUAUUUUAUUUAAAAUAUGCAUGUAUGACUGACUGUUGGAUAAUUUGGAGUGUGUGAGGUUUUUUCCCCCCAUAAGGAGGGGUGGGGGUUGCUCGAUUGGGGACAAACAACUAUGGCCUAUCACCUCAUUGUUGUCCCGAGAGUCUACGCCAGUAAAACUAGUGAAAAACAAACAAAAACCACACUGCAUUGUUCUUAUGCUCUGCCACUCAGCUAUGAUGACUUUUUCUCCUACUACUUUGGAAGUCACUCAGAUUCCCUCUACUUUACAAGGGAGUUGCUGUGGUCACAGAAGUGGAUGAAGAGGAUCAGUAAGCCAAAUGCCUGUCACUUUACUAAGCACACCUUGAAUAUGAACCUGAAACAAGUAGGUCACUAACCAUUCAUAGAACAACAAAUACCACCUCUGGUCCCAGAUUCUCAAUAAAUGUAAACUGGUAAGGACUCCAGAAACUGGGCUUCGGUAGUUCCCGGCAGGUAGAACUGGAUGUUGUUAGAAAUCACUUUGAAGCUCUCUCUUCUACUCAAUGCUAUGGGAGCAUGCCCAGGAGGGUUACUGGAAAGCCUUCUAGAGCCUUCGCUGCUCACCGUCCUUCCCCCCAACCUUCCCCGCAGGGUUUCCCCCAAAGCUGCAGUAGAAGGGGAGGGCUCAUUUUCUGAACUAACUUUCCUUAAGUGUUCCUUUUAACUCCGGAGUUGGCAACCUGUGGCCCACAGGCCAGAUCUGGCCCAGAGGCAGCAUUUGUGGGGGAGGGGGCCUUUGGCUGUGGGCAUUCCCCCCACGCAGCUGCAGAGACACAUAGUGGUGGCGGCCAGUCCUGGUGUCAGCCCAUCUCUGACCCAGGGUGGGUCAUUCUGGCCUGUAGCUGGUGAAGGUUGCCCGCUCCUCCUCUUACUGACAGAACUUUUCUGCAUUUUAGCCCUUUAAUGUCUGGGGUGUUAUCCAUGGAGACUGCUUGGUAUUUGGACCCAGGUGGUGACCUAAAACCUUGGGGGAAGCCCUGCAUUAUUUUUUUUCACUUACAUUUUAACAUGUAAAUAAAUGAUGAGAAAUAACUGCAUUUAUUUCAGCCAGAAGAGCAUCUUAUAUCAGACCUGCACUGAGUUUGAAUCCUAUCUAAGCAUCCUAGAAGUAUUGUUAGUGGGAUUGUUUUUUAUUUUAAUAGCUUUCUAACCUCUUCCCUUGUAUCAUUUGAACUCGGUCAUCUUACUUUUCAGUCUAUGCCAAGAGGCAAAUUUGCUGUCUGUUCAGUUGCCCCAGCAGGCAGCUGAUUUUACAGCCACAUUAAAACCCGUUAUUGUUAAAACAAGCCACCCCUGCAAGAAACCUACUUGCACAGCACUGUCUGUACUACGCACAAAGAACCCCUGCUCCCCUUUUCCAACAAUUUCUUGGCCCCAGUGAAAAUUAGUUGGAUAGAAAAAUAAGGCAUUUUUCUUCAGAUUCAGCAGGGUUUCCUUAAGCAUUUGCAAUAUAGUUUUGUUGACCUAGCAAUUAAAAAAAAAUCAAGAUAGAAAGCCAAGAGAAAAGGAUACUUGAGAUGGAAAUUUGCAAGAGAAGGCUUUUGCUGUAGAAGGUUAGAUGCGGAGCUGUCUAUCUCUUGCAAUCCAGAUGACUUAAGUCUAGCCUUCUUGUUCUUUCUUGGGACAAUUCUGUUGUAAGGAGCUCAUUGACUCAGCCCAAGCUGGAAAUUCUCCAAGAACCAGCAGCAUUAUCACAUUCCUUGUAUUAGCUUGUUUAAUUCCUAACCACAAGAGUAUAUCCUGCCUUUGUGGUCUCUGCAGAGAACCCCUUUUGACAUCAACUGGAGAGGCAUGCAGACAUCCAAAGGCAGAAUGUGGCUCAUAUACCAUAAGAUGUUGAUCCAGCUUCUGUUGAAAAGGUUCUCACUGGCUUCAGUGUGAGCUGGAACAGCACCUCUAAAAGUGGGGAGCUUACACUGCCUCACUGAAAGCUGGAUGUUGUGAGCAUGACUCUUUUUUCACACUGAUGAAAAUCUGGAGUAACUGUACUGAAAUCAGCAGUGUCAUGUUGAUGUAGGAGAGAACUGAGCCCACUAGAUGUCGGAAUGGAAUAUUUUUAACAGUUGCCUUCCCCAAGUAAUUAUGGUUGAUGUAAAUGUACUCAGGCUAUUGUGAAAGACACUACUCAAAAAAGGAACCAACUUGCCUUACUGGAGGCCAGUGGAUAAUUCCUUUUUUACAACAGAAAGGUAACAAUUUGCCAAUUUCGUACUUCGAUUCUUCUAAAAAUCCGUGAAGUGCCCUCCAUCCAUGUUCUGCCUAAUGCUGAUGCCAUCAGCUAGCCAUUAUGAUGCCAAAAGCACCUUUGGACAUGAAGAUUCUAAUCCUUUCAUUGCUGCCUUAUUUUUCUCUGUCUUCACUGAUUGUUUAAAAAUCCAAGAUUUCUGCUGGGGAGAAUUUCUGUCUGCAGCAACUCGGAGGUGGUCAGUAACACCCCAAUUAAUAUUCAGUCAUGGGUUUUCGUUAAUUCUGCCGUGCUCUUCAGAAGAACUAAUUUUUAACUUUCAGGGGUGGCAGGUUGAUAUUUAACUUGAAAGAAAGUCACAGGAAAAGGAAUAAAAUACUGCUUCCAAACUGUACUUCUCUGGGCUAUUAUCCAUUAGCCUGUAUUCAGGCAAUCCCAGUUAAUGGAUCAGAUUCUGGUAUCUGUUACUCUGGCAAAUUCAGAGUAAAAAGUAAGACCAUUGAAGUUAGCUUGUACCUUCACCAGUGAAAUCAGAAUCUGACCCACUGGGAGUUUUACAUAAGGAUAGUAGGAUUUAGCUGUUUAAACCACAUCAUCUUAUUUCAAGAUGUGCCAGAAAAUACUUAAAGGAAUUAAUAGCAUUUAGGCCUGAUUCUUAAAAUGGUGAAACUCCUGUUCGCUUUGGUGUGGUGGAGUUAUUCCUGCAUAAACCAGAAGCAAUGCCACUGAAGUCAGAGGCAGUUGGCCUUCUAUGCACCUGAUAGAUGAUGAAAAUUGGGCCUUUGACUUGAGUGGACCAGGACGGGGCCCCUAAAGUCAGUGACAAAAUUAUAUUGAAAUCAGUGGGAGCAGGGAAGGGAUGGACGAGGACAAAUAUCUAAAAUUUACACCGUGGAGUACAUAGCUUAUUGCUGUGUAGAGAUCUCCAUUACCAUUGAUGGGCAUAGUGUAUGUCUUCAAAGAAUUUGUUAUAUGUCUAGUAAAUGUAAUGGCUUGCUUUGUUGGAAAAUGACCAACAAGAAUAUACAUCCAAAUACCCUGGGCUUUACCUGUUGAAGCUAAUCACUUUUAAUGUGACUGAAAACCUUCAAGUUGAUUGCUGUUGCUGAGAGAAUGAAAUCAUGCUGCUGUGUUUUUUUUCUUAUCAUCACUUUAAUUUCUUUACAAAUGUGGGCUGAGGGAGGGUCAGUGCUGACAAUUCAAAGGUUGUAUUUUCUCUAAUAAGGCUGUCCCAGGGAGGCUGGAUUUUCAUUGAUGUCACAGUUCAGGCUUAUAAUAGGUUUAGACUUCUUUUUUUAAAGGCUUGACUUAUUAGCCACUCUCCAAAUACAGGCUUACACAAAUUAUUAACCUGUGUUACAACUGUGCAUUCAUCCUCCUUUUUAUAAUGUCCUCAAUGCCAUACUUGUAGCUUAAUAUAUUUCUCCUUUCAAAUCUUGUAAAAGUGAAUUCACAGGAGUUAGACUCCCCACAGCACAAAGAGCCCAAGCAAGCCCCUUAUUAAGGAUUUAGUGGUGUGUGGGGCUGAUACAGGUCCCUGCUAGAUCAGAGUGAAAGCUAACUAGGAGUAGGCUGCAUUUUUUAUGAUAUACUCACACAAAACUUCAGUUGAAAUCAUUUGGGGUUGAGGGCCAGCUCUUGUAGGUCUUACUUGAGUUGAGUGAAGGAGCAGCUCAUUUUUUCUUAUAAAAAAGACUGACACUAUAGGUUUGAUUUAUACCCACUUUGUAAAGGUGUGAAGGACUGCAGAGGCAUGGUUCUUAUCUCAUUUGUGCUGGUGUAAUGCCAUUACCUUCAGUGGUGUUGCUCCUGAUAUUCACCAGAAUGAGUUAAAUGAAAAUUGGGGUCUUAUGUAUAUACCAUGCUAAAAUGGUAGUGUAAAUGUAGAACUUCAUAUAAAAAUAGUUUUCAUAUUUAAAACUAGACCCAGUAACAGUGUUAAUAAGGGGGAAGCCUUCUGCCUGGCAGAUGAAGUUCAGAGGUUCUCUUUCUUCUGAAGAAGCUCAUGAUGUGGGAGAACAGCUGUUAUCUUAAUCUGUUCUUAAAAAAAUCCAGCAGAGAUCUUGGAUAUUUUUUAAUUUGUACGCGUUGCUGUAUUGGCAUCUAGCAAAAGAAACUUGCAAGACUCACCCUGGGAAUUUACUAGUAUGAGCUAGUUCUGUCCCUGCCUGGGGAUGGAACACUUUCAUUAUUUGCGAUAAGUUUUGCCCUACCUCUCAACUGUGACAGAAAAUCAGGGAUAAGGGAAAAUUCAGUUUGCUUCUGAGGUCGAGUAGGUUGUUCUUUAAAAUGUAUUUCCAAGUGUGCAGUUUAAUGUGGGGAGCAAAGGUGAGAAGAUGAAGCUAAUGGGGACACACAGAGCAAUAACAUUUAAGAGCAGUACUAAGGUUUUUGAAUCCUAAUCUUUCUGACACUUUGCUCUUGUUGCAUUUGGCUGCCUAUUAGUAGCUGAGUUCUAAUAAAAGAUACACAAAAUUGAUUGAGCUGUAAUUACCUAUCAAGGAAGAGUUGUGAGUUCAGCACACAACGUGCUACUUAGGGAUUCAAAACCAGAGAAAAUAGUACAAUGGAAAUAUAUAUUAGGGGUAGUCUGUCUUGAGUGUAAACACCGCAGAUAUGUUCCAUUUGAGAGGUAUCGUAUGAACUGUAAAUGUCCACUUGCUGCACCAAACCAUGGCACUGUUAACUGGUGUUUUGGGAGUGAAUGAAGGGAGCUCUUCACUUAAAACAUUAGUUUAGCACAUAAAGCAUGCAUUCUAUUAUGUCUACCUUGCAGUUGCAUGUCCAGCAAAUGUCGUUAAUAGCAUCUGGCUGAGUCAGUACUUAAAUAGGGUCUGGAAAGAAUCACCCAAGUUGUUCUGCAGAAUUUACAGGGUGGGAACAAGCACUGUGUCUUUAAGGGACAGAAUCCCGCUGUCUAAAAUGGGAAACAAAAGAUGUUUUCUACAACAUGACUCCAUUCCAAGGGCAGUGCAGAGGAGUAACAAGUUCCCUUUCAGUUAAAGGGAAACAUUCCCAAAGAAGAGUUACAUGCUGGAGGACUUAGAAUGCAGGUGAACUUUACAGAAAGCAAAGCAAAUGGGUACAAAAUGGAAUGUGUAACAUGGGGAAAUGCUCCUCAGGCUGGAGUGAAUAGAUCUUGGAAUCUGGGUGAGUAUCCCUGUACAGGGGGACAGUUUGCAAGGAUGUAUUCAGCUCAAGUCCUACAUAUUUUUCUAUUUUCAGGACUCAAAUGAGAUGUUAAGUGAUACAAUGAGCUUUCUGCACUGGGCUGAAAACCUGGAACCCCCAUGUUUUCAAAGACGUGCACAAGGAUUGCAGAAUCUGUCACAAGAACACCUGUAACAGAAAACCAAAUUUUACAUGGUGUAGACUUCCCCUUAGUAUAAACCUGGUGAAGUCAGUGGUGUUCCACAGAGACUAAUUUUGCUCUAUGGCAUAAAGUGAAUGACUGAACAAAAUGGUCGGAGCUGGCUUCUCACCAUUUGUUGGUGGUUUUUAUUUUGUCACUCAUUUAUAAUAAGAAUAUUGGGAUUUUUUUCACCCUCUCUCUCCCUUCUGUUCAUGUGUCUAUUGAAGUGAGAAGUUAAGUACAAUUAUGUUUCAUUUUAAAAUGUGUCUUCACUGAUGUUUCCAGUCUACCAUUAGAGCAGGGGUGGGCAAAAUGCGGCCCGGGGGCCGGAUGUGGCCCGCCAGGCCAUUCUAUCUGGCCUGCGGGGCCCCUAAAAAAUUUAGAAAAUUAAUAUUUAUCUGCCCCUGGCUGCCUACCAUGUAGCCCUCGAUGGCUUGCCAAAACUCAGUAAGUUGCCCUCUGCCCAAAAUAAUUGCCCACCCCCUGCAUUAGAGAAUUUAAACUCUUCCUUGGAUUGCAUCCAUGUAAUUCAGUUGAAUUCAGUUGCUUUGGAGGAGUGUAACUCAUGGUCUAUAGAGUCUGAAAACUAGAAAUUCUGUAAUUGGCCUUAUGCUUUCAUAUGUAACGGACCAGCAUCGCCAGCAUACUCUAUAGCUUUGUACGGCUGAAGUGAUACAAAGCAAGCACAGACUUAAUUUAAACAGAUGGGCCAGAGGGGUUUAUAGCAACUUUCUAGCACUGGAGUGGUGCAUAGUGGCUAAGGUAUAGCAAUGGUUUUGAUACCAAUUCAACAAGUUUAAUUCAUGUGGAAACCACUUGAUUUUUUUUUUAUUGUAUGGUAUGUCCCCUUCUUUUCACUGUUUUUGUGACCGUUGUGUUCUUUUACUUUAAGCUAUGUGCAAAAAUUGCUUAGAUUGCAAAAAAGCCCAGAGUCCAGAUGUUAAUUUUUUACAGUUAUGAAACUGUCUCUCAGACUUAAUUUUUUUAACCAGGUAACUCAUGUAGCUGGAUGCUACUGACUGUUCUCCGUCAUCUCUGCUGAGCACAGCCUUUGCAAAGGGAACAUUCCUGUACCUUUUGUCUUGAGAGCCUUGCUACCAGAAGUAAUGCUGCUAUUUAACAAGCAGGCAUCACAAUUCACUGUGAUUCAUGAUCACUAAUUUUACAUUCAGUAUGCAGUUACUUAAUUAAGCAUUUCAAAUGUUCACCAAUAUAAAUCAUCCAUUCCCAAAAUGCAACCUUUCUUGCUAUGCUUUUUGUUAAAUAAACUGCAGGGUGACUUGUGAUAUGGGAUAACCAGAUUUUCAGUCUUCCUUAAGCAUGUUUUAUCUGCUCAAGUAUUCAUUUUAAGUGACUCGCUCCCUCUGUUCUCUGAAUGCCUAGAAUGGACAUAGUUUUACAAUUUAAGUGGGGUAUUCUUGAUGGUUAUUUUCAAAACUAAACUGUUGUUUUUUGUGCAAAAAGGAAACUAAAAAUAAGUGCAACCACAAGUGGUAUUUCCUAACAUGGAACCAACGGAUCCAUCUUGAUAAUUCUGGUUUUCACUGGAGCAAGUGCAAGUGAAACUCCAAUCAAGAUGGGUUUUAACAAAAUGCUGGCUUUUACUGUAUUGGCCCAGUAUGAGCCCUGGGAGGGCUUGGAGGGUGGUAAACCCAGGUAAACCAACCUGACUGGUUUCACAUUGAUGGUUUUGGCUUUUGUUUUGCUCUGACAUGCUGUUUUCUUUCAGAUGAAGAAUCUCAUGAACUUGCCUGGCUUUGGAAACACGUCAAGGGCAGGGUGCAAAACACACUAGUAGGACAUGACCCUUAACACUUUUUCUAAAGAGUAGCCCUAUAGGUGUAUUUCAGUACACAAAGAAGCUGUUCCUGAGUGAGCAAACAGGACGGGCUCAGGCUCUGGAGUUUGUCCGCAAGAAUGCUGCCAAUGCCAUCUCUAUGGCUAACCUGAUCAUGGGACUGUCUUCCAUCCUCUGCAACCUAAAUGGGCUAUACUACUGUGCUUGCUGGCUGCUCUUGAUUGGAUUCCUACUGGACCUAGCUGAUGGAGCAGUUGCUAGGCAACUGAAUGCUUGUUCAGCCCUGGGUGCCAAAUUGGAUGACUUUGCUGACUUCACCUCUUUUGGGCUGGCUACUGCUCUGCUGCUGCAGGCUCAUGGGAUCCUGGAUGGGUUGCUAUCUAUUGCCUAUGUGCUUGCAGUUUUUGCUCGGUUGUGCUUCUUCUCAAGUGGGAUCCUUUUCAUGUCCCGGGGCCUGCCAUGUCCAUAUGCUUCAUCACUCCUGACUGGAACAUAUAUCCUGACUGGAGGCAAUCUUGUAUUGCUGCGCAUGAUAGCCCUGGUAAUGAUCCUAUUCAUGGUUGAUCAGGGUUUCUAUCCCCACGACAAAGUCCUGGAGUCCCAGCCCUGGAAGAAGGUGGUCUACGCAGGGGGAAUCCUGAUGGUUUUGUUCUCUUCCUAUUCAAUAGCAUCUCUCUACUAUCUCAUUUGGUCAUCAUCUUACAUCUUCUUCCCAGUCGCCUUGUGGAGCAGCAAAGUUUAAUUGCAUGCUCAGUAUUAUGAAGAUGACAACAGCUUCAUAUCCCACCACAACAACCUGCCAAAGGCAACACCUGUGAUCUAAAUGAAGACUGAUUCUGUGUUAACAUCCACCAGUUGCCUAAUCCUUAGUAAAGCUUUCAUCUUCCUUACUUGAAAGUAACAGCUAUAGGAUGUAUUAUCACCUUGGCUAACACUUUAAGACUGGAUUGAUAGGACAUAAAAACACAGCCCUUGCAGGUUCCCUUCCUCUUGUAAAGUGCUCAUGUAGUGCCUGUUCUCUGGCACAUGUAAUAACUAACCCUUGAAGUUUAACUCCGGUUACUGGGGAAACUUCACUUAAACUUGCUGUGGUAUUUAUAUAGAUAUGAGUGUACAUAUUCAUGAUCUUAAACCUGUACUUUGGUUUUUAAUUUUAUGAGAGUCA